UUUAUUUAAUUUUGCAGCUAGCAAUUAUGCAUUACUUUUAAUUUCAAGCACUUAAUAUUCUGUGUCAUACAAAUGUGUUUCUAAAAUCAAUGAAAGCUUUUUGCAUAUUAAUUAAUUAAGCUUCUUCAUGUAUCAUACAAUCAUGUGUAUGUUUUUGAAAUUAAUAAAAGCUUAAUUAAUUAAAACCUUUUUAUUUAAUCACACUUGAUACAUAAUUUGCAAAUACAUUUGCAUGAGUGAUUCGUUUUGGUUCAUUGAGCCACAGUUGUGUACGUACAUUAGAUGUCAGCGCAACGUUUUAAGGAUAAUAUUACUAGAAAUUUUUAGUGUAUUCUUGUUUACUAUAUUUCGCUACCGAGAGAUCAGCAAGAAAUCAAUAUGACACGAAAGAGGAGCGUCCUUAUGGUUUGUCUAGGUACUGUAAUUUGCUUAUUUUUAAUCAUAAAGCUGAAUUUGUUGAACUGUCGCACUGGUUUUAAAAUACAGAACAUAGAAAUUAAGUUAUAAUUGUUAUUCCAAUAGCUUUCUUUUUUUUAUGAAAAGAAAUAUAAUUGAAGUAAGAACUAUGCACGUAGCACAUGUGAUGAAACAAUCUCUUUAGCGAGUGAGAGGCUUUGAAUUAUUUUGCGGUUAUAGUUUUCUAUUUAUAAGAGUUAUGUAAUUAUAAAUACAUGCAUACAACUCGUCAAACUAAAGUAGGCUAAAAGCAGCAGUCUUUUCUUACGACGUUCUAUCAGUCUGCAUGCAUUUUAAAGGAAUAGUUGUCGCUCUCCUAUGGCGGAAGCGGUGUUUCAGGAUCAAGUGCGAAAGAUGGGUUUAACCGAUUUCUGGGAGGUCGACAGCGCCGCUAUUCUAGAAUAUCACGUCGGCAACGAUCCCGAACCCAGGGCGAUAUCCACACUUCAGAAAGCCGGAAUUACGGAUUACUCUCAUAUCGCGAGACAAAUCACGAUCAAUGAUUUCUAUCAAUUCGACUGGAUCUUCGGAAUGGACGAGUAUAUUAUCCACCGGCUGUACGAGAUGCAACCGAGAGGUAGCCAAGCGAAGAUAGAACUACUUGGGAAGUACGAUCCAGCUGGAAUAGUUGUCAUAAGAGAUCCCCUCUUUGAUACCGGUAGUGUCGGAUUUGAGAAAGCAUUUCAGCAAGCUCUGAGAAGCGUAUGCGCAUUUUUGGAAAUUAACAAGGUAAUUUCGAAUUCUCAUAUUAUCUUGUUCUAGUAUUCGUAUAAAUUGUAAAAGAGAUCAUCGAAUUUUGCGAAUCUCUGAUAUCUCUCGAUAUAUCUGCAAACUUUAACAAUUUACUUAAAAAUUCUCUCUAUAUCUUAUUCCAAAUAUUGUAGAUUUUUAUAACACAAGUAUGUUUU